AUGGACCCAUCUAUUGUUCCUCAAGGUCUCAUGGCUCCAAUGAUGCCAUUGCCUUUUGAUGUUUCGGGAAUGCCAACGACUCCAUUGGAUGCUCAUCAUCCUGGGCCAGUGCCUAUGUCAACACUUGCUUCUGCUCUGGCUUCUGUUACGCUAGAGAAUCAGCGCAUGAUGUUAGGGGAACAGCUAUUUCCACUAGUGGAGAGGGUUGAGCCUGACCAUGCUGGAAAAGUGACAGGCAUGUUGCUGGAGAUGGACCAAACCGAGGUUCUCCAUCUUAUCGAGGCUCUAGAUGCUCUGAAAAAGAAAGUUUCCGAGGCUUUGGGUGUCCUCUAUUUAACAUCAUCAGGACCCAAUGAAAAGGCUAACAAGGAGGUGGAGGCUGUGGCGAAGAAGAAGAAGAGGGUAAAAGACAGGGAGGAGGGGCCAGCUCUGAAGAGGAGGAAGGAGGUGACGGCGGAGGAGACCCCCGAAGUGGGGUUGGAGGAAACAAGGGGGAUGGAGAGUGAGGCGACUAGCCAAGAGGGCCAAAGAGGAGAAGAGCCCAUGAGUGCCAUGGGCCCCAAGAUGCAGGUAGAGAGUGGGAGCCCUAUUGCCAAAGGCGAAGUGGGGCCACUGAAGGUAAAGUUGGAGGAGGCGAAGGCCCAACUUGAAAGUUUGAGGAGAGAAACUGUUGGAUGGAGGAAGGCCGCGCGAAGUGUGUACGCUAGGGGGUUGAAAGAGACCCAAAAGGCCAAGAAGAAGCAAGUGUUGGUGAUGGUGCAGGGGUACUCAGUCGAUCGAGCUAAUGCUGAACUGCUCAUGACCAAGUUGGAGCUGGAAGCGAAACGCCGCAAGGUGGUAUCGCUUGAGUUCCAAUUGGGGAACGAGCAGAAGAAGCUAGAAGAGGCCCAUGCAGCCUGUACCGUCGCUAACGAAUGGUGGGAGGAGGCCAUGUCCAGCAACGAAGAUCUUCGCGCUCAGUCAAUCAAAGAGAAAGAAGAGUUGGAAUUGAAGAUUGCUGGGCUGGAGAGGACGUUAGCGGACGAGCGGGCCAAGUUGAUGGAGGAGAAGGCGGGGUUAGAGAAGUUGAAGGAAGAGAAGACCAAGUCAGCCUCUGAGAUGACAGCAUACCCCCGACUUGUGCGUCGCAGCAGUAAAGCAGUUCAAGGGGUCUGCUGA